AAUUUGAGCUUUUUUAAAAAAUAUAUGAGAAUGUUAAAAAUUCAACAUCGUGUAUUUUGCAACAGUAUUUUCCUAGGGCUCACAGAAAUACUUUUGUACUGCUUAAUAAAAAUAAUAGCCUCACAAUGCUAGAUGUACUUGUAUGCUAUUAGAGCAUUAUUACAUUAGAAUGUGUAUUAUUAAAAUAAACAUUACAUCCAUCUGCUCUGUGAGAAGUUGACAUCAUCCAUGAACCAUAAUUAUAUUAGCCAUUCAUGCUUACAACAUUAAAAUGCCUUUUAGACAAGUAGAUGUCAUCACCACUAUAAUUAAAGAGUACUCAACUGUGUAAUUUGUACAUUUGUUUGAU